AUGUGUCUGCCGUUCUCCUGCGGCGGCGGCCACAAAGGCGAUGAUGGGUCACAGCAUGACCCUAGCGUCCAAGCAUAUGGCCACCAUGGGACGACCAACUUGCCUGCCGCUGCGGGCGGCGAGGGCAAGAAUGAAGGAGCUCGUGCGGCGCAAGGGCAUGCGGCGGAAGUGAACAAGAACGGUGGAGGGCGCAUGACGGCCUUCGGCUACUCAGACGACGACGUCCGUGCUUCUGUCGGUGGCGUUGUCCGAGAUCGAGAGAGUCAGAGUGCUGCCGGGAAGAUCGCCGUGGCGCCCACCACUCCAACAACGCAAGCUUUGAAUAACAAGCAUAGGGAUCUGGUCGCCGCGCAACAAGCUACUCAGCGUACGUAUGUCGUCUCUGCUACUCCUCGCCACCACCAUGGCCAUGGGUCGUCGGCAGUGUCGCAUCCCAGCGAGGCCGCCGAUAACAUGAAGGCACCACUUCAAGUACUACCGAUGGCUCGUCGUGGUCCUGAAGACUACUAG